AUGCCCAAGGGCAGGGGGUCCUACUCCGGCGGGCAGCCCGCCGGCGCCUGGUUUGCUCACGUUGGAAUGUGCCAGAGUCAACCUGAGUCAACUACAAGCUCUGCACUAAAACAGGUCCAGAACUCAGGAGCAGCUCGAUAUAUCGAGGAUAGAUUGCCGCUAGCAUACAGAGCUCGAGAGCAGAGAGCAGUGAGCAACAAUUUCCCAUUUUCUUCUCAUGACAACAGACACUGUCUACAGAAUGUAGGAGAGUAUUUUGAUUUUGGUAUGGGCCGGAGGAAGGUGGAACCAGAAAGACGGCAACAGAACUCACAGAACUUCUUCCUCUGGGCUCACGAAGCAGUUCCUAGCAGAGAGGAUGGCUUAACUGUUUAUCAGACGUCAUUUGUGAAUGAACAAAACACUGAGAGCCCAUUUUGUAGGCGGUAUCCAAAACACCACUCAGAAAAAUACUGCGCUGACAAACCCAUUCCUGAGAAUGAAAAAAACCUGCAGCCAGCCAAGUCAUCUUAA